AGUGUCCAAUUAGGACUGACUUCUACUGAACUGGCGUCGUGCAUCAAAAAUUUGUGAAAAAGGAAACAUGGGGAGAGCAGAGACAGUGAAGAAGGCGGAGAAUUUGGUGGAGAAAUUCAUGAAACGAAACGACGGGUCGCAUGAUGCAUGGCAUGUAUGGAGGGUCAGGGACCUUGCUCUCUCUCUGGCUCGGGAGGAAGGCCUCUCUUCAAAUCCCGACUCCAUGGAAAUCGUGGAGCUUGCUGCGCUUCUUCAUGAUAUAGGUGACUACAAGUACUUAAGAGACCCAUCCGAAGAGAAAAUUGUGGAGAAGUUUUUGGAUGAAGAGGAUGUAGAAGAAACCAAAAAGAUGAAGAUCUUAGGAAUCAUCAAAGGGAUGGGUUUUAAAGAGGAAAUAACUGGGGAUGCCAGCUGCGGACUAUCUCCAGAAUUUGGGAUUGUGCAAGAUGCAGAUCGUCUUGAUGCAAUUGGUGCAGUUGGAAUUGCUCGCUGCUUUACUUUUGGUGGAAGUAGAAACAGAGUGCUUCAUGAUCCGGCUGUUCUCCCUCGUUUGGAUUUGUCCAAGGAACAAUACAUGAAAAAAGAAGAGCAGACUACUGUGAAUCAUUUUCAUGAGAAACUUCUUAAAUUGAAAGAUUUAAUGAAAACAAAGGCUGGGAAGAAGAGGGCUGAAAAGAGGCACAAGUUUAUGGAGGAAUUUUUGAAGGAGUUCUAUGAAGAAUGGGAUGGCCAAGCUUGAAUGAGUUGAUGUUAUGGCUGUGAUCUGCAACUGUGAAGUGGUCUAUUUCUUCUGUUGACUUGCCAUCUUAACCUUGUGCAAUCUCAGCUCCAAAUCAUAUCCGUAAAACCCCGGCCUAGUUAAAUGUUUCCAUUGUACAUUAAAAUCAUUGAAAACCUUAUAUGCCUACUCAUUGUAUGAGAAUGGUUAAAAAUUACAAUUUUUCAUGUAACCUGUUCAAUUGUAUGAAUCUUGAGAAUACACUAAAGAUGAAUUGUACGGAUCGGCAUAAACCAACUGGUGCAAAUUCAACUUUUUAUAAGAAAUCCAUUAUUAAAGUGUAUAGUGUAAUGCAAAUAAUAAGUCUAAAAACAAGUUUUAAGAGGCAAAAAGGAAACCAAAAGAACAAUUAUUGACAUAUUUAGCAUCUUUACUACAUUGCUUUUUAAUCAUAGAGCUCUCAGAUUCCGUUUCUUCUCAAUAGAUUCACCUUGAGACCAUGUUUCAUGUACAUGGUUAAGGCGAGUUUCGGCACCACGGGAUGAUCUUUGGCCACCUUCACUCGGUAGCGAUAUAUGAUAGAGGCAGCAACAAAUUUCAUCUGAUAGUAAGCGAAGUCUUUGCCUAAGCAGAGGCGAGGGCCACCGUUAAAGGCUGUAAAUUUGUAAGCAGAUUCGCUCAUAUAUCUUCCAUCUUUUAGCCACCUCUCUGGUUUGAACUCCCUGCAAUCCUUUCCCCAGAUUGCCUCCAUUCUUCCCAUUGCGUAUACUGCAUAUAUCACCUUUGUUCCUUUCUUUAGCACUGUUCCAUUUGGAAAUAUGUCAUCCUCAAUUACCUGCAACAUUACUCGUUUUGUUUCGAUUUAGUUAGCUUCUUGCGGUGUUUAUUAUUCAUUAAUUAAA